UUCAGCCAUACAUCUUCAACUCUCCAACAAAAUCGUCAACGAAGUCGCUUGCGUUUCAUCGACUAAAAAAUUCCCUUUGAUUUGUGUCUCCGUAAGAAAAGAAUUUCCUGAUCAUGGCCGAUGGGGAUUUGACUCAGCAGCAGCUACAACAACCGUUGGUGACUAGGGAGGAGGAAGAGAGGUUGAAGCACCUGGAGUUCGUGCAGGUGGCUGCACUGCAAACGAUCAUUUACUUGUCCAACCUUUACGUUUUGGCCAAGGAGAAGUCUGGCCCUUUGAAGCUUGGCGUUGAGACCGUCGAGGUCACAGUCAAAAGUGUUGUCGGACCCGUCUAUGACAAAUACCAUAAUGUUCCUAUUGAGGUCCUCAAGUAUGUUGAUCGUAAGGUGGGUGAAUCCGUAACUGAAUGGGAUCGUCGUGUGCCCCCAGUCAUCAAGCAAGUCUCAGCUCAAGCAUUCUCGGCAGCUCAAAGGGCUCCAACUGUAGCUCGUGAUGUAGCUUCUGAGGUCCAGCGUACCAGUGUGAAAGACACCGCCACUGGACUAGCAAAAACAGUGUACUCAAAAUAUGAGCCCACUGCCAAGGAGUUCUACAAUAAGUAUGAGCCUAAGGCUGAACAAUGUGCCGUAUCUGGCUGGCGCAAGCUAAAUCAGCUCCCGUUCUUCCCUCAGGUGGCUCAGGUUGUGUUGCCAACUGCAGCAUAUUGUACUGAGAAAUAUAACCAGACUGUGGUUAGCACCGCCGAGAAAGGAUACAGAGUUUCUUCAUAUCUGCCUUUGGUGCCUACAGAGAAGAUUGCCAAGGUGUUCAGUGAGAAAGAUGUUGAACCACAGUCUUUGGUCUCCAACUGAGGCUUGCUCAAGUGCAUUGUUGGUUAUUUUGGUGAAUUGGGACAAUAUUUCAUGCUUCAUGGAUGUAUUGUUUGUGGUUUUAUGAUGUUUCUUUCGGUUCUUGUUUUGUCCGAAAUGUAAUGUUCAUAUCUACAAUUUUAUGGUGAUUGAAUAUCUAAUCUGUGUUAAUGCUCCGUUUGGUUCAUGUAGAUUACUAAAUUCAAGUUUUAGUUUUAUAAAACAUAUAUUGAAUAAUUACUAUAU